UAUAAAUUGAUAAAAUGGUUAUGAACUCAAGUUUGAUUCCUCUAGCGGUUGUGGUAAUAAUCCUGAAUGCUUUCUGUCUGAUAGCUAUUGGAAUCCUGGCACGAAACUACUGGAAGAUCAAGAUCAGAGAGUUCUACUUUUAGAGCAAUCAUUCUAUUCUUGGUAAUAGCCUAUUUAGUGAGGAUUUCAGCCAUGAUUUAUGUGUUUUUCGGACCUGAAAAGACUUGAGAGUAUAACAGUCAAAGUGAUAAAGAAGUACCACUAGGACGAAACUGGCUAAUUUAUGGACCUAUAGUUCUUCAUACUUUCUCUAUCUUUACUUAUUCAUGAAGAUGGACUAGCUUCUGAAUUAUGACAACAGCCCAGAUUAGUAUCAGGGAGAAAAGAAUCAAAACUCAGCAAUGUCUUGUGAAAGUUGCUUAUAUAUCUGUUAUUAGUCUAUGCUUCAUUAUAUACGUGGUUUAUCCAUUCACUAUUGAAAGUAAGCUUAAUAUCCUGCCAGGCUUUAUGAUAGCACUUAACUUCAUUUGACCUUUACUACUACUUUUUGUUGCUAAUUAUUUCCUAUGCAUUCUUAAAAAUAAUGAAAGGUCCUUGUAUAAGCAAAAAGCCACUCCGAUUAGAAUCUACACCUCAUUAAUUGCCUUCUGGCUCUUGGUAAGAUGAGCAGGGCUAGCUCUCGACUUUUAUGUUCAAAUGAUGGGUCUAGAUCAUAAAGAUCCUUCAUAUACCCUUAUAAAUGUUAAUGAUUAUGUAUGGCUUACAUGCUACUUCACUGAACUAUUCCCUCCAAUCUCAAUCAUGAUCGUUCUUUGGAAAUCCUUUAAAGAAAUGCAAAUAAUCCUUGCGAAGAAAGAAAAUAAAAUCCAGAUUAAAACUGAAAGUAGUGGUUCUCUAGUAAAGCGAGAUAAUGCUGAGGAAACUGCCUUACUUCAAAAGCAAUUGCUCAAGACAAAGCCAACUUCAGAUUUUAUUGAUGAAGAAGAGAAAGGAAGUAUUAAGCACUCGAGUUUCUUGUCCUAUAGCUUAUUUGGAGAUGAAGAAAUAGAAACAAUAUCUCAUGAUGUAUAAUAUUUUAAUUAUUGACCUACAACUGGUUAAGCUAGAAGAACAAACAGAACAGUCACGCUCUUUCUUAACUUAUUAUUAACCCACACCUCUCACCACACCUCUCCCUUCAAAUCCCCCAUCUUCCCUCUCACCCACCUCCCUCCCCCCAUUCCCACCCCAACCACCCCAAAAUCCCCAUCCUUCCCUCCCAUCUCUCAGUCCUACCCCCAAUUCCCUUGAAAUUUCAGUCAGGUUCACUCUACCUCACAGUUGUUCUACACCCGGUGGUAUCCUUCUUAAGCUACUGUUAGGGUAGGAGCCUGGAUUUUAGGGGUUCUUUAGGUCUUGAGGGGCUUAAGGAUUGGGGAGGUGUGAGGAAGGUUUGGGGGAUUGGAGAGGCAGGAAGGAUUAUAGG